AUGGAUAAUACUUCUCAGCCAACGGCGAAGAUUUGCUGCUGUCCUACUACUGCUUUCUUCUUCUUCCUCCCGUCCGUUCAGCCGGAUCUCCGCCGCCUUCGCUGUAUCCCGCCGCAGUCCAUCCCCGCCGCCUCCACCUCGCCGCCGUCUCCCCGUCCUCCCUUUCUUCUUCACUUCCCCCGGCAUCCCCGCCCCGCAGCCAUGAACCCUGCCAUGCCCCCGCCCCCGCCCCCGCCGCGAAACCCUAACCCCUCCUCCUCCAUGCCCCCUCCCCCGCCGGCGCAGCCAGAGGCGGCGGCGGACGCCUCAAUGGACGAGGCGGACGGGAGCACGAACCCAAGCCCCUCCUCCUCCAUGCCGCCUCCACCGCCACCGAGACCCUCGCCGCAGGUGCCGUCCGAGCCUGACGCGUCGGCGGACGGGGGCGCCGUCCCCAGCCCAAGCGUCAGCGGCUCGUCGGCGGAGGAUGCCGGUGACCCCCGCGGCGACACGGAGAUGGCCGAGGCAGACGCGCCCGAGGAGCGGCCGCGCGCGCCGUACGCCAUCCCCGACUGGAGCGCCGCCCCGGGCCACCCCUUCUUCCUCGAGGUCAUCAAGAGCGGCCAGAGCUUCCAGAAGCUCGACGUGUCCAAGAAAGGAGCUUACAUGUUUGGAAGAGUUGAUCUCUGCGAUUUCGUACUGGAUCAUCCGAGUAUCUCGCGCUUUCACGCUGUUCUUCAGUUUAGAAAUGAUGGGGAGGUAUUCCUCUAUGAUCUCGGAAGCACACAUGGGUCGUCCAUCAACAAAACUCAGAUCAAGAAGAAGCUGUAUACAAAGAUUCAUGUUGGAGAUAUAAUUCGAUUUGGGCAGUCAUCGCGUCUGUACCUUUUUCAAGGACCAUCUGAACUGAUGCCUCCAGAAAAAGAUAUGCAGAAACGUCGUGAUGCUAAGAUUCGGCAAGAUAUGCUUGAUCGUGAAGCUUCCCUUGCACGAGCAAAAACUCAAGCAGCUUUAGCAGAGGGGAUCUCAUGGGGUAUGUCUGAGGAUGCACCAGAGGAAUUGGGGGAGGAUGAAGCAGAUGAGAUUACGUGGCAAACCUACACAGGUCAGCUUACCGACAGACAACAAAAAACACGCGGCAAAAUAAUAAAGCGAAUGGAAAAGGUUGCCAACAUGAAGAAAGAGAUCGAUGCAAUAAGAGUUAAGGACAUUUCUCAAGGUGGGUUAACCCAAGGUCAGCAAACACAGAUUGCACGAAAUGAGCAAAGGAUAUCUCAGAUUAUGGAGGAGCUAGAAAAUCUAGAAGAGACAUUAAAUGACAGUAUACAAGAAAGUCUUGGUGCUCGUACUGGAAAACCAAAACGUGGUAGCCAUAAAGCAAGUCUCGAGGAAGAAGAAGUUAUUAGCGAUGAUGAUGAUUUUUUUGACCGGACAAAGAAAAAAUCAUCUAAUGAGCAAUCCAAUGGACAACAAUCAGUUGAGACUGCUGAUAGUCUUCUUGAGAAAAAAGAUAUCAUCACCAAUGAUAUUGAAGGUAAAAAGAAGUUGCUUGAAGAAGAGAAGAAUAAGCUGGCUCAGAAACAUGAUGCAGAUCUUGGGGAUGACCUUGAUGCUUACAUGAGUGGAUUGUCAUCUCAAUUAGUACACGAUAAUAUUACCAAAAUUCAGAAGGAGCUCUCCGAUCUUCAAGCUGAGCUGGACAAAGUAGUUUACCUACUGAAGGUAGCUGAUCCUAUGGGAGAAGCAGCUCGCAAGAGGGAUCUAAAGCCAAGCGAAGCAAAUCCUCAAGCACCUAGCCAUAAUCCAAGACCAGAAGCCAAAAAGGAAGAAAAAACUGCCCAAGGCAAAACCUCAACAGAGGAGAACUCCAAGAAUUCUUGUUCAACCGAAACAGAAGUGGAUAAGCCUGCCGAGGUAGAAACAGAUGCUUCCAAGAACCAAGAAAGUGCUAGCAAACCUGCAUUCAUCAUACCGAAACCCCAGUGGCUUGGCGACAAGAGGAUUGUAGAACCUGAAGAGAACUGUAUAAAAGAAGCAAAUGCCAAUGCUGAGGAGCCUGAUGAUUUUGUGGACUACAAAGAUCGAAAAACCAUUCUUUCUAGUUCAGCCAAUGAAAAGGAUAUUGAAGAGGCCUCUCCUGGGCUUAUUCUACGGAAGAGAAAGUCCGCUGAGCAGUCAGCUGGUGCUGAGGCAGAACCAUCUUCGGUUGAAUCUGAAGCAUCAGCAGCUGAUGCCGUGGCCCUUCUGCUAAAGCACACACGGGGUUUACAAACGUCUGAAGAGAUGGAGAACGAGAACGAACCGCAGGCGAGCAAGAGAAAAGGCAAAAAAACAAAACAAAAACGUGUGCUGGGUCCUGCAAGACCAGAUUUUCUUGAAGCGGGUCCAGAUUAUGAGACAUGGGUGCCACCUGAAGGUCAAACUGGCGAUGGCCGCACUUCGUUGAAUGAGCGUUUGGGUUAUUGAAGCUUUUUCAUCCUAGACUUUACUGGCCUGCUGCGCCGCAAAGAAAGAUGCACAAGGAGUUUCUCGUGCUGCUGUAGUUCGUUUGUGAGUAUGGCGUCAAAAUCUUCAGAUGUAAAGUGAGCCUUUUGGACAUUGCUUGCCAUAAACCGGGAGGAUGCAGCAGCAGAUUCGGAGGAAGAUUUUUAGAUCGUUGUUUCUGGGCAAGAAGCAGCAAAGGGAAAUAAAUGACAGAACUCUGUGUCGAGCUCUCUGGAUGGAAGGCAAAUAGAUGGUAGAUCUUUCAGCUGAGCUUCUAGGACGUUGUUUGUAUCACAAGGUUGUAGAUCAGAAUGUGUAUCAUUAUGUUAAGGUUUCAGAAAUGGUGUAUAUCACCAAUGUCCUUUCUCAAUACAGAGGUGGUGUUAGUCUGUGAA